AUGGAAAAUUACCUAACUACUGACCGGCAGCAAGGGUCUUCAGAACCACGAAGUUACCGGAUCCUGGGAGAGGCUGGCUACCGGAGCUACAGUCCCCAGGAGGUGAAGCCCGCAACGAUCAAGUUGGGGCCUACGCCGGCGGUGAGAGGGACAGACGGCCGCUGCCCCACUAUCCCGCCUAAUGGUACGAAGCCGGAGAUCAAGACCCGGGCGGUCCCGGCCCUGUCCCCCCCCCUCUGGACCGGCGGGGGUGAUCCCGGUCCUCACCCAGAGGCUACACAUCCAGGGUCCAGAGGUACUACCAUCCCGCUCAAAGGCCUGAACACGACAUCCAAGAUGGCGGAUGCCAUGUGCGCUGGGGCCGGGGAGAGAGAGUGCGCCCUCGCAGGGAGUAGAGCAACAAACUGGGUCUCUGGACAAGAGCCCAAGGGGCCAGAAGAACUCAAGCUCCUCACACUAGACACCGCAACCCCACAAGCGACUACUUACCAGCCCACUACACGGAACUCGCCACAGGCGAACAGCGGAGGAGGCCUAGCCCAAGCCACAAGGGCAGCGGAACCAGCCCACACCGCACCCGACCUUCCACCGCCAGAGACUGCCAACCUCGCCACAGACCAAGGAACUCCCACAGCAAGGCCGACAACAUUCAUCGGCGGCCAUAACAGCGGUCUCAUCCAGCAACCAACUGUAUCACACAGUGCCCAAACAUCCGUCCUGACAGGCGCUCACCUCGGGAAGUCCAGAAGAGGUACCCAUGGCCAGCCGGAGAAGCAGCCCAAAAGGUACCAACGAGCAACACAGCAACACUCCCGGAGGGGCGCUGCUCGAACCCCCGCACCAGAGAACACUCGUUCCCGGCCGCACGGACCCGCCGAGCCGAAAAGCCCUGGAACGCAAACCAACCCAAGAACUCUAUUCCAGCCAGGGUGA